AUGCCGUCAUCAGGACACCGGCUCCGGGAUGUCGAACACCAUCCUCUCCUGACCGAAAAUGACAACUGCGACUCUGCCUCGUCCUCUUCAUCCGAGGCCGAUGUGGCAGACAGGGUCUGGUUCAUCCGCGACGGCUGUGGCAUGAUCUGUGCUGUCGUGACGUGGCUGCUGGUCGUGUACGCGGACUUCGUGGUGACGUUUGUCAUGCUGCUGCCUUCCAAAGACUUCUGGUACUCCGUGGUCAAUGGAGUCGUUUUUAACUGCCUGGCGGUGCUUGCCCUGUCCUCUCACUUGAGGACCAUGCUCACCGACCCCGGGGCAGUACCCAAAGGGAAUGCUACUAAAGAAUACAUGGAGAGUUUGCAGCUGAAGCCUGGAGAAGUGAUCUACAAGUGCCCCAAGUGCUGCUGUAUCAAGCCCGAGCGUGCCCACCACUGCAGUAUUUGCAAAAGAUGUAUUCGGAAAAUGGAUCAUCACUGCCCCUGGGUGAACAAUUGUGUCGGAGAAAAGAAUCAGAGAUUUUUCGUGCUCUUCACUAUGUACAUCGCGCUGGCGUCCGUGCACGCGCUCGUGCUCUGCGGGCUGCAGUUCGUCGCCUGCGUCCGAGGGCAGUGGACUGAAUGCAGUGGUUUCUCACCUCCAGUCACUGUGAUCCUGCUGAUCUUCCUGUGCCUUGAGGGUCUGCUGUUUUUCACUUUCACCGCAGUGAUGUUCGGCACCCAGAUCCACUCCAUAUGCAAUGAUGAAACGGAGAUUGAGAGGCUGAAGAGUGAGAAGCCGACGUGGGAGCGGAGGCUGCGGUGGGAAGGGAUGAAGUCUGUCUUUGGGGGCCCCCCCUCGCUGCUCUGGAUGAACCCCUUCGUCGGCUUCCGAUUCAGGCGACUGCAGACGAGACCUAGGAAAGGGGGCCCCGAGUUCUCGGUGUGA